AUGGAAAACUACACGCAGCCCUCGACUGACUUCGUCCUCCUGGGCCUGUUCCCCCCAUCAAGGGCUGGCCUCAUCUUCUUCACGCUCACCUUCUCCGUCUUCCUGAUGGCCCUGGCUGGCAACCUGUGCAUGGUCCUGCUCAUCCUCCUGGACGCCCACCUCCACACACCCAUGUACCUCCUGCUCAGCCAGCUCUCCCUCAUGGACCUCAUUUACGUCUGCACCACUGUGCCCAAGAUGGCGUCCGGGUUCCUAUCGGGGAUCAAGUCCAUCUCGUUCAUCGGGUGUUGGGUUCAGAGUUUCUUCUUCACGACUUUAGCAGGUGCAGAAGCGCUGAUUCUGAUGUCCAUGGCCUAUGACCGCUACGUGGCCAUCUGCUCUCCUCUGCACUACCCCAUCCGCAUGAACACUAGGAUGUGUCUCCUGAUGAUCCUCGGAUCCCUGGCAGUGGGUCUUAUCAAUGCUUGGGCUCACACAUCGUAUGUGUUCCGUAUUCCUUACUGCCAGUCCAGAGCCAUCAAUCAUUUUUUCUGUGAUGUCCCAGCCGUGCUGACACUGGCCUGCACAGACACCAGAGUCUAUGAGUACACAGUGUUUGUGAGUGCCAUUUUACUUCUCUUGUUUCCUUUCCUGGGUAUUCUGUGUUCCUAUGGUAGGGUUCUCCUUGCUGUCUACCGCAUGCACUCACAAGAAGGCAGGAAGAAGGCCUACUCUACCUGCAGCACCCACCUCACCGUGGUGACUUUCUACUAUGCACCGUUUGCCUACACUUACCUCCGCCCAAAGUCCCUCCGAUCUCCAGCAGAGGACAAGGUCCUGGCUGUCUUCUACUCCAUCCUCACCCCGAUGCUGAACCCUGUGAUCUACAGCCUGAGGAACAAGGAGGUGCUGGGGGCCCUGGGAAGAGUCAGUCGGAGAAUCUGCUAUGCAAAAAUGUAG